AUGUCUGCCAAAGAAAAUUGGCAUUCUGAAAUUUCAAUUACUGCAUUUUUAAACUCAGAGUAUGGAAGUUAUGGCAUACCUAUGGAAAUUAUGGCAUACCUAUGGAAAUUAUGGCACGUCUGUGGAGAUUAUGGAACAGAAUCUGGUACAGAAAAUUGUACUACAUUAAGUCAUGCAGAAUAA